AUGGGAGGUGGCUUCGGUGGCAACAUGGGAGGUGGCUUUGGUGGCAUGGGAGGUGCUUUUGGCGGCAACAUGAUGGGUGGCUUGGGAGGUGGCUAUGGCGGCAACAUGAAUGGCGUUGGAGGUGGAUAUGACGGCAACAUGGCACGCAAUGAAGAUGGUUCCGGUGGUGCUCACGGCAACGAGAGUUCACCGCUUGUUGAGAACGUCGACAAAGACGGUGGUGGAGAUGAUGAUCAUACCACGGUUCACAACACCGGUGGAGUUGAUGACCCGAAUGAGUAA